AUGACGACUUCGCACGUUAUGUCAGACGACAUUCAGUUGCGUACGAUUCAUCAUUCCAACGUAUGUUAUUGCUAUUAAUUGUGGUAGUAAACUACUCGGUAUUUGAAAGCUGAUGCGACAGUACGUUAUAAAGAGUCAGUGCUUGUUCUGUGUGUGAUUGUUGUUUAUUUAUUUAUGGUAUAUGGUGAAAAUAUUUCCGCGUAAUAUUUGUGCUUGAAAUUGACAAUGCCGUGUAACUGCGAAAUGGAUGCGGCAAGUGGCUGCAGAGAACAUAAUGUUGCGUGCGAGGCGAAGCUGGAUAGUUUACCUGGAGAGCUCAAUGAGCGUCGUCCGCACAGGAGAACGUAUGACGCCGACGAAACCGAACCUGUUGCCGAUAAUGAAGAAUAUAUUGUUAGGUAUCCCGAUGGAACAGUCCGACUACGUAAUCCUAACAUCGAGCUCAUGGAUCAGGAUAUCCUAUACCAUCUGGCUCUUGGCAGUGGAUCUCAUGAUCUCGUGGAGAUGUUUGGUGACGUAAAGUUUGUGUGCAUGGGUGGGACCCCAAAGCGUAUGGAACAAUUUGCGUAUACGAUCAUGGCCGAGAUCGGCCAUAAGCUACCUUGUGGUACCACUCUACAGGAUAUCAGUCAGUUCUCCUACCGGUACUCGAUGUAUAAAGUAGGCCCUGUGCUUUCCAUUAGUCACGGUAUGGGUAUACCUUCAGUGGGGAUAUUGCUCCAUGAAGUCAUUAAGCUGAUGUAUCACGCUCGGGUCCGGGAUCCCGUUUUCUUUAGAAUCGGUACAUGUGGUGGUAUUGGCUACGAAGGCGGCACCGUAGUAAUAUCUGAAGAAGCAGUAGAUGGAGCAUUGAAGAAUGUGCUUGAAGUGACUGUUUUAGGCAAAAGCGUGCAGCGUCCUGCAAAACUCGAUCGACGUCUAGCCCGGGAGCUGAAAGGAUUGGCUGAUCCGGAAGAUCCGUAUGAUACUGUUACCGGCAAGACAAUGUGCACUUAUGAUUUUUAUGAAGGUCAAGGCCGAUUAGAUGGUGCAUUUUGUGACUUCACUGAGGCAGACAAAAUGGAGUACUUAGAAGGUAUUCACAAGGCGGGUGUGGUGAACAUCGAGAUGGAGUCGCUGGCGUUCGCUGCCUUGACUCAUCACGCCGGCAUCAAAGCGGCAGUCGUUUGUGUGACGCUCCUCGACAGGUUGAAGGGUGACCAGGUAUUAGCUCCGAAAGAAGUUCUAGACGAAUGGCAACAACGUCCGACGAAACUUGUUUGUCGCUACAUUAAAAGAUACCUUCAAAUGAAGGGACGCCUGUCAUUAGAUGGGCACGGCUCGGUUGCAGUAAAGAGUCCCCGCCGUUUCAAGCUGGUGCAGCAGGAAUCGGAGAACUACGAUUAAUGCGACAACUCACAUUUUGUAUCCCAGUAGCAAUUUCAUAUGCUUAUGUGAAUAUGUAUUAUUGGUUACGCUUGUUAUAAGAUUAGAUUAGAAGUGAAAAAAAUGUUUAACGGCUUAUUUUGUUAAACGUUGAGUUUUGUACUUAAUCUCGAAGUACCUACAAUUUUAAUGUUAAUAAUACAUUUUAUAAAUUAAUAGGAACUACCAAAAAUUAUUCAAUGACAAUGGUAAAAUGCAUAAAUAUUAAAUGACAUUCUGGUGGCCUAGACAUAAUAUAAAACGAUAAGUAUGGUAUGUACUGGGUUAAUUGUAGAGUACCAAGCCAGAACUGCAACAAGACACAAAUAUAAAAAUAAAUAUGGAAAUUUUCUUAAUAGAGAGGUUAAGUUUACUUUGGAUAAAGAUUUCAAAAAAUUUUUUCGACAUUCCACUUUACUUUUUGUAUACUUUACAUUAGUUUCAUGAAUAUAAUCAGAGACGUUCAGAUUGUUAUACUCUAUACGAUAAAUUUUGUAGGUAUAUGAAGAGAAAAUGGAUAAUAGGUAUGUUAUAAGUAGAUACGGGGACAUCUAAUACUACAUGAACUGCAGCCGCAACCGACUCCUGUUUAUGUAGUGCAUUAUUCAGCACAAAAGGAUUCACAUAAUGUGGUUGACGUUACGAGGUAACAGGAAAGUCAUAAAUCAAAAAUAGUAAUAAUGUUUAUUGAAAUGCCUAGUGUAGUGUCUAAGUCACCAAGUGUUUUCCAGCUGAUAGAUAUAUUUAUGAUUUUACCAUAGCCUGCUCAAGGUUUGAUUCUUUGACUUCUAUAUGACUCUCUAGACAAUUUGUUAUAGGUACUACAAAUUUUGAAACUUGUUGAUACAUAUGUAUCCAUGUAUUGUCGGUUUCACUACGCAUCAUGUAUAUCACUGCCUGUAUAGUUUUAAUAGCGUAGUGGAAUAUCUACAAUAAUUGUUUUGAAAUUAAUUUGCUUGGUAACGUUUGAUGUUCAGUAUCGUAAUAAGUAACUAUUGCCACUGCUAAUAUUUGUGUUAAAAAUAGUAUUUAUGUGGAUAUACAUAGGCGGAAUUAUUUUUAAUGUUAAAUAAUAUCUAGGAAAUAUUUGAGUGUAUGUUUAACAUUUGAAAAUCGAUAUUUCACUUGAUGUUUGUUCACGGUCCUUUCUUCUCUUGGUAAAUUUGCUAUUCACUUUUAAAAGUUGAUAUACUAUUGUAUUUUAUAUAUUAUAUUUAGCUUCAAGACGAAUUGUAGGUUUUUAAUAUUAUUGUGAUGCAUAUUGCAGUAUAUUUAUACAGCUCAUGUUUAUUUUAAUAUUAUAAAUGCAAAAGUAUGUUUCUUCGUAUGUUAUGCUUUAAACACUUAACGGCUUAACCAAGUGGCAUUAACUUUGACAUAUAUGUAUGUUGGAUGGUAUAGAUCAUAGGCGCAUAGACUUUGUAUGCCGGUUAAUCAUAUUUAGAAAAAUAAUAAACUAAAAAAAAUUAUCAACUCCUAAGGUUUACAGUUUUUAUAGCUUUUGCUGUAUUAGAUGGAAUGACAGAAUAAAUAUGCCCAUCAUAAAUGUUUUAGGUAUUUAUUCUGUGAUGCGUGUGAUGAUAAAACUUUACAUGAAACCAGAAUUAUUUAGACAUUUCAUUCAAAAUUAAACUUGGUCUGAUUGGUAUAGUUGUUCUUCAGGUAUUCCAUAUUUAUUAUACCGUUUGGAUUUACCACCACUAGUAAAAGAUAUCAC